AUGGCGCCGAAGAAGACGCCGAAGGGCAAGUCCGGUUUCUUCGGCGUGAGGGCAAAGCCCUUCAGGAAGUUCGGAGUGGAGUUCUCUGACGCCGGGCGGCGUUGGUGGCUCGACACGUAUCCCACCGCCGAUGAUGCGGCGCGUGCCUACGACAUGGCGGUGUGGCGUGCCGGACGGCCGAAGACGGACCUCAACUUCCCAGAGAUCGAGUCCCAGGCGGUGGCGGAGUGGCUCGUGCCGCAGGGCAUUCGGAUGGAGGAGAUGCCGGCGAAGAAGGCGAAGAAGAGACCGGCGGUUGUCGUCGCUCAGGGUGAGAGCGACGAGGCAGCGAUGGCUCGGUUUGCGCGAGAGCAUCCGCAGUACAUCCAGGCCGAGCUGGAGCAUUACUGGAAGCACGACAUCGAGGCGAAAAAGAAGGGGGUGAAGGAGGACGAGGCCGGCCCCUCGACUGUCAUCCCUAUCGAGUCAUCGGAUGAGGACUUGGGAGUCCGAGGAGGAGGACGAGGGUGCGAUGCCCCGACCAAGGACGAGUUCUGGGAGCAGUUCCGCAGCUCGGACGACGAGGAGUAG